AUGCCUGUGCUAAAUCCAUUGAUUGUUCUGGAUGAAAGCCACAAGUUAAGGCUUUUGCGUCAUUUGCUCAGAGACGAAGGACAGCGAAAAUUUGACGAUCUCAAUUUACAAGCGUGUUCCAACGUACAAUCUGCUCUCAGCAGCUUGGACCGUUCCGUGGGAUCGCAACUGAAUGUGUUCACUGCUCGANUGCUAAAUCCAUUGAUUGUUCUGGAUGAAAGCCACAAGUUAAGGCUUUUGCGUCAUUUGCUCGGAGACGAAGGACAGCGAAAAUUUGACGAUCUCAAUUUACAAGCGUGUUCCAACGUACAAUCUGCCCUCAGCAGCUUGGACCGUUCCGUGGGAUCACAACUGAAUGUGUUCACUGCUCGAUUCCGAUUCUCUCGCAUUAUUCAGGGAAAUGGGAAGCCACUGAAGCAGUUUGUUUCUUGA